AUGAUCCUGGUGGCGAUCGUGGCGGAGGUGCUGGAGGAGUACACGGCGUUGUUAUCUAGGGUGGUGGAGCAGGUGUUCCGUACAGCACCUGUCCCUCGACGGGUUCGUUUUCUGAUCCUCCAUAAUCUUCCAUUUGUUUCUUCUCAAAACAGGAGGAUUCAAAUUCAAUCACAUUAG